AAAACUUGGAUAUUCCCCCCUUGGAUUUAACCCUACCAUUUUCUAUCUUCGCGUAAUCUACCGGUUUCAAAGAGCAAACAAUUGACUUGCAAAAAUAAACUUGCAUCGCAAUUUUCAUCCCGAUUGAAAAAUAACUUUUUUACCCUCUGACAUCUGCUGUGUUUCUUGCAUGUCAUUAUUACAUAUCCCGGAAUGAGGGAAAUGGAAAAUUUACUUCUCCAAGGGGGCGGUCGGGCUCCUUUAGGAUUCCCUCUCCCGGAAGUGGAACUUCAAAGAGGGUAGUGAUGCGUGUAAUAACAUCGUUGACGGAGGUGUGACAAACGUAUUUCAAGUGCGGUGAAAAGUGAAUAUCGUCUCCUUAAGGAAACUCGUUUACGUACAUAGAAGAUAGUUCAUUAUAAUAUUUCUCUAGAAAUUGUUACAUUGUAUAAUAUUACACUAUUGGAUAUUAUACUGGAUGUUAUGUUAUAUUGGAUAUAUUAUAGGAUUUUAUUGGAAGAUAUUACGUGAAAAUAUUGGGAUUACACAUAGUGAUUUAAUCGUUCAAGGUGAAGCUAAUUGGGUAUUUUGUGACAAGUAGUACUUGGUGGUAUUAAUUAAUUAGCUGUCGAGUGAUGAGGGAUUGUGGAGGGUGAUUUUAACUGAAGAUUUUCGAGGACCUCUCGAGUGCCCUGAAAGGAGAGAGGACGAGGAUGAUGCAGACUUGGUGGUCGGGAAGAGGAUACUUUAAAAAAUGAGGGGCUUCCUGUUGGCUUUGAGUAUACUCUUUGCGGGAUCAGCUCGAUGUGGGAGCGACAAUGAGGAUCUGGAGAUGGAACAAGAAUUGGAACCUCUGGAUCGAGGUCCUUAUUUCGAUGUUUCAGCUUCGAAAAACGUGACGGCUUUGGUUGGCAAGACUGCUCAAUUGAACUGUCGCGUUCGCAAUUUAGGAGACCGCACGGUCUCCUGGGUGAGGCACAGGGACAUUCAUCUGCUGACUGUAGGAAUCGAUACCUACACGUCGGAUCAGAGGUUCGUGGCCUCCCAUUUCCCUCGAACAGAAGAUUGGACCCUACAGGUCAAGUAUCCCCAACGUCGGGAUUCCGGGACCUAUGAAUGUCAGGUUUCCACGACGCCCCCUAUAGGUCACUCUAUGCAUCUCUCGGUGGUCGAACCCGUCACCACCAUCGUUGGAGGCCCGGAAAUGUACAUAAACCGAGGCAGCACCAUGAAUCUGACCUGCGUCGUACGCCACAGCCCCGAACCGCCACCGGCGAUUUACUGGACGCACAAUCAAGAGGAGAUCAAUUACGACAGCCCGCGGGGUGGCGUGUCGGUGAUCACGGAAAAGGGUGAGAUUACCACCUCCUACCUCCUGAUUCAACGAGCACAACCAGCGGACAGUGGUGGCUAUACCUGCCAUCCGAGCAAUGCCAACACUCAGACGGUUGCAGUCCACGUAUUGAAUGGGGAGCAUCCAGCGGCAAUGCAGCACGGAGGCCAACUCAGACUUGGGAAUCCACCCUUUGUGAUGUUUCUGGCUUCGAUGCUGGCCUUCCUCAAUCAUGGUCACUGAACCACCUCAGUUGAUAUCGUGACGCGACGCGACACUCUUGGCACCACUGCCCGCUAUCCGCUUUCCGGCUACCGGACAGACUGGUAUCUCGCUGAUGUCGUCUACAGUUGAAAUUGCCCUGUGCAAAUAACUCUCGUCCGGAUUUCCAGAAAAGAGUUUUCUCAUCCUCGCUUCAAGUCCAGAGGAAAGUUUACUCGGCAAGGAAAAUUCCCCAAUUAUCGACUUUAAACAGAUCGAAAACUCUAGCCAAGCUGGAACCCUUAGAUUAGACCUUAUAUUAUCAAAAAAGAACAAUCUUUUCUUCAUUAAAAAAGAGCCCUUUUUCAAAGUCCUAAAAGACUCUUGGAACUAGAAACUACAUUCAAGAGGUUCACUGAUCAACUUUCAGAAGUUGAUGCUUGAAAAGGUUUUGUGAACUUUGCCCUAUUUCUGAGUAAGGGUUUGCUCAAGAAUGAUCGAGGUCUUAUAAGCUUAUUUUGUUCUCUUUAUGAUGAAAGCAUUUAAGGUGAUUGGAAAAUAUUUGGCACAUUGUACAAAGAAGGUAUUUUUUGGUUGUAUACUUUAUAGGUCAGUCCAAAAAAGUCGCAGGGAAAUGACCUUUAAGACCAAUAUUAAUUUUAAUGUUACAAAAAGAAAAUAUAAAAGCUCAUAUUUGAUUGAUUUUGUGUUAGCUACCAUAUAUGUUUAAAUGUUGGGAAGAAAUUUGUUUCGAAAAAACUAUCCUUUUAAAAAGUGCAGCGUACGUUUUAUGUAUGAUUUAGUAAAAAAUACUAAUACAUGGUCAAAAUCGGUUGAUUUAUUUGGCAACCAAAUGCAUUAGUUAACGACUUGAACAGUAAUUUUCAUCUAAUUCAUAUUUAAAAAGUAGCAAGCACAGAAUUGAGGAGUGAUAAAUCCACUUAAGUUAAUUUCGCAGUAUUCAGGGAUAUUAUACUUUGAAAUCCGUUGAUGAAAAUGAAAUUAAAAAUGGGCUAUUAUAAUCAGUCCUGAUGUUGAAUUAACAAAAUGAAUAAAAGCAUUUUUAUUUAAUACGUUCUUAAAGUUAUUAAUAAAAUUAAAAUUGAUUCAUUCACUUUUGAUUGAGUUCACUGAAUAUU